AUGGCCUCAUUCAGUCGUCUGAUCCGCUUCCUGGCCAAGGACGGUCAAAUCUACUAUGGCGAUGCUCUUCUUCCGUCCGGUGUACACGACAUCGCCCAGGUCACCCAAGCGAGAGUGAUCCAGGGUGAUAUCUUUGGCCAGCACCGUGUCACUGAUAAAAUUGCUGAUGUGAAGCUGCUCCUCGCUCCGCUAGCUCGCAAGGAUAUCGGUACCGUUCGCUGUCUCGGAUUAAACUACGAACAGCAUGCAAAGGAGUCCAACAUGCCCCUGCCUAAAUACCCGGUGCUCUUCUUCAAGCCCGUCACAUCAAUCGCAGGCCCGACUGAUGAUAUCCCCGUCUCAAAGACCGCCCAGGAGGGCGAGGGUCUAGAUUACGAAUGUGAACUGGUCAUCGUCAUCGGCAAAGAGGCGAAGAAUGUUCCCCAGAGCCAGGCCCUAGAUUAUGUGCUCGGUUAUGCGGUCGGGAAUGAUGUUUCCCACAGAGAAUGGCAGAUUAAGCGUGGUGGAGGGCAGUGGGGUUUAGGGAAGGGUUUUGAUGGCUGGGCGCCCUUCGGCCCUGGCAUCGUUUCCUCCCAGGUCAUCCCUGACCCCAAUGCGCUGCGUAUCUCGACAACGCUGAAUGGGAAGGAAGUCCAAUCUUCUUCGACUAAGGAUAUGAUCUUUGGCGUGGCAGAGACAAUUGCCUUUUUGUCCCAGGGAACGACGCUCCUGCCGGGUGAUUUGAUCUUCACCGGAACACCCCAAGGAGUUGGUAUGGGCCGUAAGCCCAACCUUUGGUUGAAGGAUGGCGAUCACGUCGAAGUGUCGCUGGAAGGCGUUGGAUCCUGCGCCAAUCGGGUGGUCUUCGAAAAGCCGGGCCCUAAGCUCUAA